GACAGGGGGGGAGGGAAAGGUGCUGACUGAGCGGCUCGCUGGCCGGCCGGCAGCCGGAGCACUGCAGAGCCGCACCGCGGAGGCGGGGGAACGGGGACGGCACCUUCCCCCUUUGCAGCGCCGCCUCCUCGCUCCCCGCAGCUCCGCACUCCCGCCGCCCGUCUCCGCCGCGGCACCGCAGCCCCCGCCCCAUGGACCCGGGACCCGGGGGGGGCAGCCGCGGGGGGAGCGGGGCUCCUCCUGCCCCUCAGCGACACGGAGCAGCAGCGCUACUCCGAGCUCUUCUCGCUCUGCUGCUCGCCCGCGCCCGAGGGCGGCUCGGCACCAGCCCCAGCCGCCGGGGGGAGCAAAGUGGGCGACUUGUUCAGGGCAUCGCAGCUCCCUGCGGACACGCUGCACCAGCUUUUGUAGAAAAUGAACUUCCUCUGCACGGUGUCAAGAUUUCUGAGAUCACAGAACUUUGUGGGGCAAAACGUGUGGGUUAUUUUGGUCCGGCUCAGUUUUAUGUUGCUUUGAAACUAAUUGCUGCAGCGCAGUCUGGCCUUCCAGUACGGAUAGAGAGCAUUAAAAGUGAAUUGCCUCUUCCUCGGUUUAUGGCACUCAAAAAUGACAUUGAAAUGAGAUAUGGAAAUGUAGCAGAAAUACACGGAGUUAAAUUUCAGCUUCCACAUCCAACCUUGGAAAAAAAUUCCUUCAAAAGAUCAGAUGAAGGGGAUAAAAAGCAGGAAACCAAGUCUCCUCCCAUGUCACCGAUGUGUUCACCUCCUGCUUCUCCAUCUAAUUACCAGAGAAUACCCUUGAGUUAUGGCUAUGGCAAGUCAAGGAGUGGGCUUGAACAGCCACAUGGAGUUUCUUAUGAAGCUAGACAUUCUACACACCAACAAGAUGGACCAGCAACCGGAAAUUAUGGAUCCAAAUCUGCACUUGUACAUUCCUCUCUUAGUCGGUCUCUUUCAGUAGAAAGGGAGCCACAGGACAGCAGUAAUUACCCAGAUGACCCCUGGAGGAUAACUGAGGAACAGCGAGAAUAUUACAUCAACCAGUUCAAAUCCCUACAGCCUGAUCUGAACUCUUUCAUUUCAGGUUCCGUGGCUAAGAAUUUCUUCACAAAAUCCAAGCUUCCCAUCCCAGAACUUUCUCACAUAUGGGAGCUGAGCGAUGUAGACUGUGAUGGAGCGCUGACGCUGCCAGAAUUCUGUGCUGCAUUUCACCUCAUUGUUGCUAGGAAGAAUGGUUAUCCAUUGCCAGAUACGCUGCCGGAGACCUUACUGCCAGAUUACCUUCAACCAGCUUCCUUUAAGCCUAAACGUGACUGCGCAUUAUUGGAUUCUUAUUCUGAGUCAUUGCCAGUCAGUCAACAGACCAGGGACUUUAAUCGAACUGAGCUUGAAACUGUCCGUGAAGAUCCAACCAACUCAGAGCCAUUGAUUCUCUUUGAUGUGGCGACCUCCGUUGUUGAGCCAAAGACAUCGGUUGAGGAGAUGCCUGAUAAAUCUGCCCUGACACAAGAUGCAAAUAGUGAUGACAAUCAAGCUCUGAACAUAAGCACUACUGCCAAAACAAUACCAAAGGAUUUUAAACCAUCUCAACACUUGUCUGUCAAAACAGUUGUUCAGGAAUCGAACACACUCAAGGCAAGACCAAGAUCCAGGUCCUAUUCCAGCACAUCUAUUGAAGAUGCAAUGAAAAAGGGGGAAGAGCCCCCUAUGCCACCACCAAGGCCGCAGAAAUCACAUUCCAGAGCCUCCUCCUUGGACCUAAAUAAAAUCUUCCAGCAAAACACACAAGCUGUGAAGUCAGGUUGGUUACCACCACCACCUGCCCUGCCCCCUAGGCCUUUUGUAUCACAGCAGGGUCCUCACCAUGUCACAAAUACCGAGCCUGUUGCCCAGGCCAAAUCCAGCUAUGUAGAAUUCAGACUAAAGGAACAGACAGAACAAGUAUCUGAGAUGGAAUUACAUCCUCAGAUGAAUAGAGCUCCAUCACAGACAGAAGAAAGCAGCCCAACGAGAAAGGCGCCAGUGACUGCUGCUCAGAAGACAGCUUCCUUCCUCCUAGAACAACCAGCAGUGCUCAUCUCUCCAAACGAGCACAACAGUUUCUCCAAACUACAUGCAGGUAGUUUUUAAGUGAAAGCAAAUUUAUUAGAAAAACACAAUAGAGAGAACCAGUAGUUAGAGAGAUCCCUGAGACUCUUCCCCCAGUCACUAGGAGGGUGAGAAGCUUAAUUACAAUUAUGGGAUGUUGCCUAGGACAUAGCUGAAAAGUCCAUCUAACUCGCACCUUAAAAGCUAGCUUUGUCAUCAGUGUCUUAUCCAGGUGUGUUUUUAACCAGAUACUCACAACUUAUCUGCCUGGCACCUUCUGGCAGGCUCAAUGUGUCUGUCUUUAACCAAUGAACUUCUUAUAGGCUAGUUUCCAAAUUCAGUUAGCACUGGUGGUAUUGUCUCAGCCCAAAACAAACUACAGGAUAGUAGAACUGCUUUCAGAUCAGUUUGUGCAACUCAAAUUUCUUUUGUUCUCAAAAGGACUGACUUCCCUAUCAUCCUGCCAAGUAAGGUUCUCUGUGUUUUCUGUUUGUCUGGCUUUAGGAAUGUACCAGCCCCUCAAAUAGCACUCAUGAAAAUGGGGCUUUUGGGCAUCCAGGUUUGGCUGUUUUUUGCCAUACUAACAGAGAUUGUGUAUUUUGCAUUUCCCCAGCUCUCACUCAUUCAAGCAUGUAGAAAUCACACACAGGUUCCCUAGUCAUCUCACGUGACAUUUUGAGAGAGAGCUAUUCAACCCUGCCAAGUGUGAGGCCCCAAAGCGCAAUCUAACUCCAGAUCUAUAACCAUAUAAUAGUUACACUCUUCUGCUACCCUGUUCAAUUAAAUGGCAAAAAUAGAUACUAUUCAAUUAUUUAAAAAAAUCAAAGGGGAACCAGAGGACUGAGUUUUGGAAAUGAGAUUCUGGGCCUUUCUUCUAAAGGUUAGUGGUGGAAAUCCAGCUCAUGCCAGCAAUACUGACAGAUAUUACCAUUUGAUGGCUGUUCAGUGAGGUCCUGGAAAUGAGCUCUUGGUCUCAUUUCAGAUUCUAGCAGCCUGGUGUCCACAUUCAUAAAACCAACAUCACUAUUGGCAGCCACAUAGGAGGCCCAGGACUGAAUACGCAUCGAGGCUGAACUAUCCUCUGCCCCAAGUGGUGAUCCUACCCUUUCUAGAUUUGGGCAUGCUAAUGAGACAGGGUGGGGGAGCUUCCAUUGCAAUGACUCACACUGCAGCCAUUCUCUAUGUAAGUGGGGGACUCAGGCACUAACACUAUUAAACCAGCAACUUAUCCGAGGACCACAUUCACUUACUUCAUUAACAAACACUAAGGGAUCCAUCUCCAUUGUGAAAACAAGCAAAACAGUGUAUAGUCAUAAAUAUCUUGUGAAAAUCUGGUAUGUAGAUGUAAACGCUCUCAGCCUGGGUAUACAUUUUUUUAAUAAGCAGUAAGCAAAUACAUUAAUUAUACAAUGCCAUGUGAUUAUUUUGACUGUGGUAUUCUACAUAUUUAAGACAAGUGGCUUUCCAUGUUGGGUGGUGUGCAACAGAUCCUGGUUUUUUU